AUGGUGAUAGGGCUGCAUAAGUCCCAUAAGAUUUUCAUGAUGAAGAACUUUCUCGCCAAGAACCAAAAACAAAACAGACCAAUUCCACAGUGGGUUAAAAUCAAUACUGGUAACAAGAUCAGGCACAAUUCCAAGAGAAGACACUGGAGAAGAAUCAAGCUUAGCUUGUAAAAAUAUUGUUGUGUGGAUAGCAGACCAAACACC